AUGGCUGACCGUCUGUCGAUUACUGCGAGCAUCAUCGCAGCCAUGCAGCUGUCCAUAAAAGUGGCAAGAUACGUGAGGGAUGUCACCGAUGCGACCGGCUACCGCAACACCUUGCUUCUCGAGAUGGGCGCGACCAAGGGCAUUCUCGAUCUGCCGUGGAACGUCGGACAGGGCGCGACACAUGACGCCGACACCAUGGCCAACACCCGGAUGCUGGAAGAGCCCCUCAAAAAUUAUGCGGCGUUGUUGACGCGACUGGAGGGGGUUUCUCGCCCCGGCGAAAGGGCUCAGGAAAGUGGGCAAGACGAUCAAAUGGCCGCUGAAGAAGGCGGAGAUGCUGGAGAUCAUCGCGGCUAUGGAGCGAUACAAGAAUCUCCUUGGACGGGCACUGCAUGCAGACCAUAUUGGAUUAUCUCUCUUGACAUCGCCAUUAAUCAGUUGCUCGAGCUCAAACUCACCAAUGGCCUGAUUGCGAAGGCUUUUUGGUAUGGUGAGGUAGAACAGGAAUACGAACCAUAUGUCUGCUAUCUUGACUCCUUACUCGAACCUGGGUUACAUCAAGCAUACGUGGACGUCGAAGAAUUAACCGCGCAAUUCUAG